AUGACUGAACAGGAGCAGCAGACCUUCAUAGAAAGAUUGGAAGAGGCACUUUCUUGGAUGAAGGCUGUACAGGAGAACCUGAGGGAAAAUGAUAACACCCAAGGGCCUUGGAAUGCCCUUGAAGCACGACUCCGAGAGACUGAGAAAAUCCACCAAUCGGAGCAUGAUGGUCAUGUAAAGAUGGACAUGGCACUAGUCGCGGCUGAGCAUCUUCUAGAGAGCGGGGAUGAAAAACUGAGGAACCACACCCUUGCGAAACUGAAAGACCUGAAAAGCUUUUGGGAGGAAACUUGUACCUACAUCAUUCACUGCCACAGUCGAAUUGAGUGGGUGUGGCUCCACUGGAGUGAGUAUUUGAAGGCCCACCAGGAGUUUGUGUUGUGGCUUACAAGGCAGCAACUUGACCUGGAUGUUGGUGUGGAGUUGCAACUGGGACUGAAGGAAAAGCUAUGGCAAGUGGACCAACAGAGAGUGGUUGUAAGUGACGUCCAUGGGCAAAAAGCCUUACUGGAAAGGCUGAUAGAUGAAGCUGCCGUGCUACACAACAGAACCCAAGAUCCUAGUCUGGACUCCCAGGCCCGGGAGAAACUGCUGAAGACCUACAGUGACAUUAGAGAUAAGGUUGAGGAACGUCUGUCGCUGCUUCAGGAGAUAGCUGAGGAGCACCAGACAUACCAGGGCAGUGUUCAGAGAUUUCAGUCAUGGCUGCUGUCAAAAACCAAAGAGCUUACAGACCUUAUGGAAAAGGAAGACACAACAGAAAACAAGCUACAGGCCUUACAAGUCUUUGAUGACAUUGUAGGCAAUGAAGAAAAAACUCUGCAAUAUAUAGAGAGUGUAGCUGAAUCUGUCAGAGCGAAGACCUCUCCUGCUGGCGCAGACGUGGUUGUAGACGAGGCUGAAGAGCUCAGGCUCGGUUGGCAGAGACUAAGGCAAGGCAUAUUUGAGGUUGAGGAGGGUCUGCAAUCCACCCUUUAUACACACAAUGAAUACACGACAAGAUGCAAGCGACUGGAGCAAGAUAUCGGACGCCUCCAAUCACGACUCCAGGAGCUGAACCUGGAACUAAAGGAGGAUUGUAAUGUUGGUGAUGACACUGAUAGCAUUGACGAGCAGGUGGACCAGUGGAGAAACUACAUGCGUGUAAGGAAGACUCUGAUAGGUGAGGAAUCCCAAGUGGACCACCUAAAAUUGCAGCUCAAAGAGCUUUUCAGGUUCUCAGAGGAUUCUCGACAUAUUUCUGAUCAUGUCCUUGACGUUGUCAAAGAACACCAGAGUGUGAAAUGCAAAGCGACAAAAUUGUGCUCCGACUCAGAGGCCUGCCUGAGAAACAUGUUCCAGGAAAAGUUGGUGUUCUUUACACAGUGGCGGAAUACGGUCUCUCAGAUUUUGGAAACUUCUGCUGAGGUCAUGGACUUCUCCCAUAUUGUCACGUUGGUCCAAAAUACUGAGCGGCUGUUGAAGGACAGUAUCCAGCUGCAGGAUCGUUUGAAUGAUCUCAGGACAAUAGAGGACUUGUGCGACUCUCUUUUUGGUCCCGAAAAGUCUGAUGGUCUUCGGAGCGAGUUGAGUACUGCUAUCAGGGACAGAGAACUGCUACAUGUUCAGCUUAUUCAAAGAAAGGCAAGACUACAGGGUUUAAUUUCAAGAACCAAUGAUUUUGGAGAUGCCUACGUUGUGAUUCGCUCAAAAUUGACCAGUCUCACAGAUAGGAUGAUGGCAAUUGAAAGACCCCAGCCUGACAUCCUGGCUAAAAAAAGUCAAUCUGAUCAAUUCAUGGUGAUCCAAAAGGAUGUUGAAGACUGUGAAGCCCACAUCAUAGCUCUUGAAACUCUAAUAUCAUCCUGUCAAAACAACCAAACUCAGUUUGAAAAGCUGUAUGCUGACUGGAAACAUCUUCACAAGACAAUUGGGGUAAAGCUUCAAGAAAGUGAGGAGGGUAUUGCAGAUCAUUCAAAUUUUCAUGACCGUCUCCUAAACCUGCAAAAAUGGUUGAUGAUCAUGAAGCAGAAGCUGGAGUCCUUCAAGAGCCCAAAAGGAGAGUGGAGCAUUGAAAGUCGUGAGCAUGAGGCACAGAGAGCACUUGGAGAGUUUCCAGAAAAGGAGUUUCAGCUACAACAGAUGGAGAUGCAUGGUCAUAGGGUUUUGAAAAAUACGUCCGAGGAAGGAAGAGUCCACAUUGUUGGAGAUAUGAAGCAUCUUCAGGAAUCCUGGUUGGCGUUGUACAGCAUGAGUCUCAAUAUUCACAGGCUACUGAAUGGCUCCAUAGACGAGGGACAGUCUGUCACGACCGAUAUGAGUGUCAGGGAAGUGGACGGUGAAUGCACUGUUCAUAGUGAAGGCCAAUCCAUACUACCUGGUAUGCAAGAUGAACAUCCCAAACUAUCAGGAAAAGGCAUGGGUGGCCACCAUUCUCAUGCUAUAGAUGAAUAUGAUUUGUCUACUUGGACCAUCCAGAGUAAAGCAGGUCUGCCUCUUGCCAAAGAAUCUCCAGAGGAUACAAAUCCUAAGACUGAUAUAUCAAGAGCGGGUGACAGUUAUACCUUGAACACAGCGAAAAGCAGUCUGGUUGUUAGUCCUGAAGAGGGAACAAUGAGUCCAGAAGAAGGAGCCAUGGCAAUAGAGGAGAGCCAAGCUAUCGGCAAAGCCAUGAUUUUCAGAGAUGCUUCAGCCAAGCUGCAAGCCAUCACAUCAACUCAAGACAAAACGAUGAAAGCAGAUCUAUAUGAGUCUAGGAGGCGAAAAUUUGAGGCAUGGCUGUGUAAAGAAAAUAAACUACUUUCAAGCAUCCUUAGCAACCAGGGAGCAAUACUCAAGGGCAAAAAACUCAAGAUGCAGCAGGAUACCCUAAGCGCCCUGUGGUCAAGGGUAACCUGGGGUCAGGAGCAGUUCCAACUUUUGCUUCAGGAAAAUGGAGUUCAUAAGACUCGUUCAGGUCAAGCAGUAAAUGCAAGUCUGGAAGAACUGCGCUACCGCUGGAUGCUCUAUAAGUCCAAGCUGAAAGCUGUAGGUGGUCUUGGGACUACUAUUCAAUCUCGUUGUACUCUGCACAGUGACAAUAAUGGCUUUCUAUUAAAUGCUAUUCUCUUAUUGCAGAAACCUGGGCUGCUGCAGAGGGUGUGUCGACUGGCUCUUCCUCUUUGGAUCCUCUUCCUGGCUCUAUUGCUGUUGGCCUUUAUCUUGCCUCUCGUCGAUGAAGGCAACAGCUGCUCCAUCUCCAACAACUUUGCAAGAUCUUUUAGCGUUAUGCUGCGGUAUUCUGGACCACCACCUACAUAG